GUUGACCCCAUUAUUCUUCCUUAUCAGAGUCAGGUGACAGCACUAAGAUCCUACUUACAGCUGUGAGCAGACGAAGAAUAAGAUGCCGGCGAAAAAUGGAUUACCAGAGCUCCUGCCAUGCCUGGACAUAAAUGACCCCCAGUUUGAUGGGGUGGUGGUGGUUACAGACACCGUCCAAAAGUUGCUAGACAAUAAGCUGGACAGAGUGGCUGCAGCAGUACAGAACUAUGCAAAAAUAGAUUCUGCCUACAAUAAGGAGGUGGUUUUGAUCGACACGGAUGCUGUUCCUUCUAGACGACUGAUCUUUGCCCCCACUGGUCCCCUGGACAGGGACUAUGAUGACGUCAGAAGGUUUGCUGAUGCUGCUGAGAAAGGAAUCAAGAGGGCCCUACAGGCGGGCUGUAAGCGCCCCCUCCUUGUUCGUCCCGUGGACAACAGUUUCCCCAAGGCAGGAAGUGUGACCACGCUGGGAUGUUUGUCUGCCCUCUAUGUGCCCCUGGAGAUACGAGAAGAUGUACCCUCCAAAGCCUGCAAAGUGGAGGCCUUAGGUAUCUGGUGUAAUUCUGAGGAGCGAGUCAAACAGGGCAUUGCCCUGGCCAAUGCCGUGGAGUCUGGCAGGAUUAUUACCAGAGAUAUUGGGGGAUCAGACCCUGAAAGGAUGGCGGCCCCCAAUGUGGCCAAGUAUGUGGAGGAAGCAUUCAAGGACUCUGCUAUCAAGGUGACAGUGAUAUCUGAUCCCGAGACUCUGAGGAAGGAGUAUCCACUGUAUGCUGCUGUAAACAGAGCCGCUAACCAGGUAGAGAGACACCAAGGGAGAAUGAUUUUCCUAGAGUACAAUGGAGAAGGAGAUAUUGACAAGACCCUGUUUCUGGUUGGCAAGGGUGUGACCUAUGACACUGGUGGAGCAGACAUCAAGGCUGGGGGUGUGAUGGCGGGGAUGCACAGGGAUAAAUGUGGGGCCGCAGCUGUUGCUGGGUUCUUCAAGAUUUUAAAUGAAAUGAAACCCAAAGGCCUACGAGUUGUUGGAGCAAUGGCAAUGGUCAGAAACAGUGUAGGUGCUAAUUGCUAUGUGGCGGAUGAGAUCAUCACCUCUCGAGCAGGAGUGAGAGUUAGGGUGGGGAACACAGAUGCCGAGGGACGGAUGGCCAUGGCUGACGUUCUUUGCUACCUGAAGGAACAGGCAAGGAGUGCAGUAAAUCCACAGCUAUUCACCAUAGCAACAUUGACAGGACAUGUUAUCAGAGCUUAUGGACCAGAUUAUUCAGCCAUUCUUGACAAUGGACCAGCGAGGAUCAUGAACAAUGCUCAGAAUAUCCAGGUGGCGGGGGAUACGUGGGGGGAUCCUUUUGAGAUCUCUACUAUCAGGAGAGAUGACUAUGAUUUCCACCGCGGUAAAUCUGAGUAUGAGGAAGUUUUACAAUGUAACAAUGCCCCAUCAUCUGCCACCUCUCGCGGUCACCAAACCCCAGCAGCCUUCCUGAUAGAGGCCUCAGGAAUGGAAAAGCAUGGUAAAGAUUCCGACCAACCAUUGCCUUAUUCCCACCUGGACAUCGCUGGUUCAUCUGGACCAUUCCCAGGAAUCCCCACUGGAGCCCCUAUUGUUGCCUUGGCAGCACAUUUCGUGUUCCCAAGAUGCUGAACAUCAUUUCUCCAAAUUAGGGAACAAAUGACAAUCUGUGUAGUGUAUAUUUUCUGUAUAAAGUAGAUGUUAAAAAUUUCAUUUAAUCUCACCAUUCGAAUGUUUGUAAUCUUUAGAACAAAAGCUAGUUAGAUUAUAAGUAUCAAAUAGUCAACAUAAAAAUAACUCAUAAAAUGAACAAAUUAGAUUUUCAAGACAAGGGGAAUUUCAUAGUCAGAAUUAUCAUUAAUCAUUGGUGCAUGGAAACUUGCUUUGUUUGUUAUGAACAUUUAUUGUGCCAAAUGAUUUUUUACUGUCAAUAAAUCCGUUUCUGAGUCAA